AUGGCCGAUGAUCCCGCGCCUCUUGUGGGCCUCCAGCCAUCCUCAUACGAGGUGGGCAAGGACGAGUACGUUCCGCCACUAUUUGCCCUUCCUGGCGACUACGAGGAGGCCGAGUUUGAGUUUGAGACCGGGAGCCACCGCCUGCACCAGGCCGUGACCGGCUGGAGGGAGGGCGGGUGCGACAUCCUCUGGUCGAUGGUCAUGCCUGCGACCGUGGCGCUCAACUUGGACCGCCUUGUAGGGCGGACGGUACUGGAGCUGGGGGCGGGCUGCGGCUUGGUUGGCCUCAUCGCUGCUCAGACCGCGAGCCAUGUUGUGAUCACAGAUGGCGACGUGCCUGAGGUCGCACUGUGCACGGACAACGCUGCCCGCCACGCGCCAAGCCACGCACGAGUGGAGGCGGCGCACCUGGCUUGGGGCGCGAGACCCUCGCAGCAGGCGCAAGAGGAGGGCCGGCUCGGCGGGUGCCGCGCCUUUGACGUCAUUAUCGCCUCGCAGGUGGGCUGCGCUCACUAUAUGUGUGUACACUUACUAACUUGA